CUGACGUCAAGCUAGCUGCUUAUGUAUCGGGAGGAAUAUGCUAUUUUCCUCUUAAUUAUUUGGAAUAAGCGCUCUUAUUAAGGGCAAACGGCUAAGCGACACGAAUACCAGUCACGCAAGAAGUUAACGUGUCAAAGAAGUAACUGUCAGUUUCCUCCUUCCGACUGGACGCCCCCGUCAUCUGUCUUUAUUGUCGCCUGUUCGUUUCUCAGCUGGCCAGCGGGCAGUAUGGACGCUGAGGCGGACGGCUCGGUGGCGGGGUCCGAGUCCGAGGACUCCGGCAAGAAGCACAGGGUGCACGGCAUGCUGAAGAUGUACUACGGGAUGAACGAGGAGGGAAAGACCGCGGAGAUGGCGAAGUCCUUGGAUCCGUGCGACAUCAACGGGCCGCAUUUUGACCACGAGGUGUUCCUCAACAAGCUCAGGAGGGAGUGCUCCCUUGCAGAGUUGAUGGACCAGGAGACCUGCAUGGUCAAGCAGAUCCGCUCUUUGGACAGUGACAUGCAGACGCUGGUGUACGAAAACUACAACAAGUUCAUAUCUGCUACAGACACCAUAAGAAAGAUGAAGAACGAUUUUAAAAAGAUGGAGGAUGAAAUGGAUGGCUUGUCCGCCAACAUGGCAGCAAUCACUGAGUUCAGCGCUUGCAUCAGUGGUACUCUGCAAGACCAGCAUGCUCAGAUUACAAAACUCUCAGGGGUUCACACUCUGUUAAGGAAGCUGCAGUUUCUGUUUGAACUGCCUGCCAGAUUAAAUAAGUGUCUGGAGAUGCAGGCCUACGCUCAGGCGGUGCGAUCGCACCGCCGCGCCCGCUGUGUGCUGCAGCAGUACAGCCACCUGCCCUCCUUCAAGGGGAUUCAGGACGACUGUCACGCCAUCAUGGACAAGCUGGCACAGGAGCUUCGACAGAAGUUCAGGGACGGUGGGUCAAGCGCUAAAGAUUUAUCCGAGUGUGUGGAGCUGCUGCUACAGCUGGAUGAGCCAGCCGAGGAGCUCUGCGAUAAAUUCCUGAGCCAUGCAAGGUCUCGACUAGAGUUGGACCUCCAGGGUCUGGAAGCAGAGAUAAGACCGUACCCGUCCCCUUCAGCCGUGAAGGAUGCUCCUGCACGCAGGCUGGGGUCUGCUGCAGCCGCUGGAUCUCCCACUGAUAACACCCCUAAAAAAAGCGCAUUCCCUUCUCCCACCUCCAACACUGACAUCCUGGAAUUCAUUGACAGGGGCUGCAAUGAAUUUGUCAGCAGCUUGUGCUUAGUAAUCACAUCCUAUCAAGAACUGUUUAUCAACCACGCUCAGACAGGCGAGCUGGCCUCCAAAAACAUCCCCCAGAUGGCGAGCGGCAAGUUGAACUCCUUCGUGGACGAUCUGGCUGCUCGCUAUUUCUCGCUCGUGGAGCAGAGGAUUCAAGAGGAGAAAGGCGUGGGAGAUAACUCCCUCCUGGUCCGCGCGCUCGACCGCUUCCACCGCCGGCUUCAGGCCGUAACCAAACUGCUGCCGGGCUCCGCCGUGCCAAACCAGGGGACGGAGAUUGUGAUCCGGGCCGCGACGGAGCGCGUCAAGCAGUACCUGUCGGCCCUGCAGAGCUUCUACAUGGACAGCUUGACAGACGUGCGGCAGGCCCUGGCGACGCCGCGGCUCUCCGCGGCCGGCAGCGGAGCUCUUCUCGGGGGACUGGCCUCCGGCAGAGACGCUCCGAACAGCCUGCCGGAGCUGCUCUCCUCCUUGUCGGCCUCUAUUCUCAAUCAGAUUAAGUCGGUGUUGGCGUCGGUGCAUCUCUUCACGGCGAAGGACAUUGCGUUCUCCAACAAGCCGUACUUUAAGGGCGAGUUCUGCAGCCAGGGUGUGCGUGAGAGCCUGGUGGUGAGCUUUAUACAGUUUGUGUGCCAGUCUUCUCGGCAGUUUUGCGACAGUGCAGGAGAAAAGGGAGGUUCGACCCCUCCGGCCCUUCUGUUGCUGCUGUCUCGCCUCUGCUUGGACUACGAGACCUCUACUAUCUCCUACAUACUCACUCUCACUGAUGAACAGUUCCUCGUGCAGCACCACAGUCCCGUAACACCCGUCACAUCUUUAUGUGCGGAAGCCAGGGAGGCAGCUCAGAAGCUGUUGAACCAUUAUGUAAAGGUUCAGGGCCUGAUUAUCUCCCAAAUGUUAAGGAAAAGCGUCGAAACGCGAGACUGGGUGAACACCAUCGAGCCACGAAAUGUCCGCGCCGUGAUGAAGAGGGUCGUAGAGGACACCACCUCGAUCGACGUGCAGGUCGGCCUUUUGUAUGAAGAAGGCGUGAGGAAAGCGCACAGCAGUGACUCCAGCAAACGGACGUUCUCCGUCUACAGCAGCUCGAGGCAGCAAGCCCGCUACGCCACCAGCUACACCACGAGUGCUCCCAUGGAUACUAAUCUGCUGAGCAACAUACACAAGCUGUUUUCAGAGAGAAUUGACAUCUUCAGCUCCGUGGAGUUCAACAAGGUCUCCGUGAUUACGGGUAUUAUCAAAAUCAGUUUAAAGACAUUCCUGGAGUGUGUUCGCCUGCGCACUUUCGGUCGUUUUGGGCUGCAACAGAUCCAGGUGGACUGCCACUACCUGCAGAUGUACCUGUGGAGGUUCGUCUCCGAUGAGAACCUCGUGCACUUCCUGCUGGAUGAGAUAGUGGGGAGCUCCGCCCACCGCUGCCUGGAUCCCGCCCCGAUGGAGCAGAGUGUGAUCGAAGUCAUCUGUGAACGGGGUUAAAGCUCAAAGUGCAGCACAGCCGGCCGGCCUUCUCCAAACACCAGAUCACUACAGACAGAAUUACAACUUACACUGGAAUCGUACAUCCACAUUGAAAGACUGUCUCUUACAGAAUUACUGGAAACUGUUCAAUGUAUUGCUCUAGAUUCAUACUAUACUCUAAAAAUGUACUUUAACUUCUGUAGGACCAUUAAGAAAUCUUCCAACACUAAAGAAAAUAGGACGUUGAGUUGUUUUGUGUUGUCAAAAAAGAUUCAAUGAAUUUGAGAUCCAACAUUAAAUUCCAGGCACUUGCUGUACAAAGUGCACAUGAGCCUCGAGUACUUGGGUUUAAUAUUACUAUAGUAAGUUAAAAACAAAAGAAUAUGAGAAAAGAAACCCCUCUCAUUUUGCCUAUCUGCAAAUAUAGAAAUAAAUAAAUUAUCGAUUAUAACAGCAGGACAUCACAUGUUCAAGGAAAUGUGUUUAAAGUGAACACAGAAUAUUAAUGACUAAAGAGAAAAGUCCUGUCUCCUGUAAUAUUCAAUUCUGUUAUUUUUUUUUGCUGAAUGAUUUGCAAUCUGAAUGCCAUCUGAUUAUGUAAUCCAUGUUUAGCAUUAAAGUAACGACAUUAGAUUUACUGCUAA